AUGGCGACGUCUCUCCAACACAGCGACACGGACAGCAAGAAGGACUUUGUCGAUGAUCAACGCCCGCCGAUCGUCUACAGCUCUCCAAGCGCCUUCGUGCGGAGCGUCGGGAGACGCUUCAGCAGCAUAUGGACCCGCCGCUUUGCACUGUCCCUGCUGGCCGGCCAAGUUGUAUCACUGUGCAUAACAUGUACCAAUGUCACCACCACCGAACUUGUAAACAGGGGAUGGGAUUUACCAACAACACAGAGCUUGUUCUUGUAUACAACAUUAUUCCUGGUGUACACGCCCUACACAAUGUAUCAAUAUGGUCUGAAGGGAUGGGGGCAGAUGGUGCUCAGAGAUGGAUGGAAAUACGUAAUCCUUGCCGCAUGUGAUGUCGAGGCAAACUUCAUGGUCGUCAAAGCGUACCAAUACACGGACCUCUUGUCCUGCAUGCUUCUCGAUGCUUGGGCUAUCCCCGUUUGCCUGUUCUUCUCGUGGGUGUACAUGAGGGUCAAGUAUCAUUGGACACAACUUCUCGGCGUCUUCAUCUGUAUUGCUGGCCUAGGGCUACUUGUGGCUUCAGACCAGAUCACGGAGAAGGACUGGACAGCAGUAUCCCGAGGAAAGGGUGACGCUUUCAUGAUUGCUGGUGCUACGCUUUAUGGCUUCACAAACGCAACCGAGGAAUUCUUUGUUCGCAAAUCGCCAUUAUUUGAGGUGUUAGGUCAAUUGGGCAUGUGGGGUUUCUUGAUAUGUGGUAUUCAGGCUGCCGGUCUUGAACACGAUGGGAUGAAAGUAUCACCUUGGAACGGAGCAACGAUCGGGCUCUUGAUUGCCUUCACUUCAGCGAUGCUCAUUCUUUACACGGUCGCUCCGUUACUUUACCGAAUGGCCUCGUCCGCGUACUACAACCUGAGUCUCCUCUCCAGUGACUUCUACGGGCUUCUGUUUGGCUUGUUCCUUUACCACUACUCCCCUUACUGGCUCUACUUUAUCUCCUUUGCUGUGGUUCUUGUGGGUUUGGUGAUUUACUUCUGGCACGCUACACCUGAAGAGCAAGGUAUUCUGGAUCCACAGGCACCGAGUUACGUCAAACGGAAGCGUUUCGGGCUCAAAGGUGAUCGGGAACGACAUGAUGAUGAGAAUCCAGAGAGUGUGGCAUGA